AUGUCAGCUCCACCAAUCCAGCAGAGAAAGCCAGUCAAGGACCUACAAAAGGUCUUUCAUUAUACGGAUACUAUGUCGAGGAAACCCACCCGAGACAACGAUCCAUAUGAUUACCAAGCUGGGUUUGGGAAUAGACACCAGUCAGAGGUUAUACCCGGUACUCUACCGGCAGGACAGAACAACCCACAAGAGGCUCGUUUCGGCUUGUACACCGAGGGCAUCACAUACUCGGCCUUCGCAGCACCCCGUCAUGCCAACUUCAGUAUUUAUAUGUAUAGGGUGCGGCCUGCUGCUGCUCACAAUGGCUACAAAGCGAAUAUCCCCCACAAAUCCGACAUCGAAAACUGCUUCCUGACCCUCAACCCGAAAGUAUCGACACUAGCGGAGCAAGGUGAAUGGGCACCCUUUCCACUGCCUAGCGACGACGAGAAGAUCGACUUUGUCGACGGUUUACACACGCUUGGUGGAAGUGGUGAUCCCAACCUUCGUGAAGGCAUUGCCUUGUACGUCUUCAUGAUCAAUUCUGACAUGGACCAUCGAGCAUUCUGCAAUACAGACGGCGACUUCCUCAUCGUCGCCCAGCUAGGUAACUUGGACAUUCAGACUGAGUUAGGCAAGCUGUUCCUCCAGCCCGGUGAAAUUUGUGUUAUUCCACGCGGAAUCCGAUUUGCAGUUGGCCUGGCCCCCGGCCACAGCGUUGCUCGAGGCUAUAUCACCGAGAUCUGGGGAUCCAGCUGGGUAUUACCAGACCUGGGGCCUUUGGGUGGACAUAGUUUGGCGAAUCCGCGAGACUUUCUGCAUCCAGUGGCGCAUAUUGAUGAUGAUUUGCAUGCGGACUGGUCGAUUGUCAACAAGGCGAAUGGAUGUUACCAUGCCAUUGAGCAGGACCAUAGUCCAUUCGACGUUGUGGCGUGGCAUGGAAACGUUGUUCCCUAUAAGUACGAUUUGACCAAGUUCGCCAGCCAGAACGCGACAUCGAUAGACCACACUGACCCGUCGAUCAAUUGCGUUUUAACCGCGCCGUCUCGCGACCCGGUCACCCCACUGGCUGACUUUUUAUGGUUCGGACCACGUUGGGAUGUUGCCUCAAACACCUUCCGUCUACCUUAUUUCCACCGGAAUUCGGCCACCGAGUUCCUGGCAAGUCUGUACGGCAACGGUCUGGGACGGUCCGACGAUUUCUUGCCGGGUGGUGGAAGUGUUGAGACCAGUCACACCCCCCAUGGCAAUUUCAAUGAAGCAUAUGUGUACGAAAUGAGGAAUCAGGUCAAUGAGCCUCGCAAGAUCCUUGAAAACCAAAUGACCAUUAUGGUCGAAAGCAGCCGAUCAUUCCUGUUCACCGAAUAUGCACGGACUGGCUGCGGAACUUUCAAGAACCAAGGCACAGAUCCGAAAGUUUGGGAUGCUUUGCCGGACAAAUUCUCCUCGUAUCCGAAUAUUCAGGAAAUCCUCCAGCAAGUCAAAGCCGACAAUGAGGCUCGGAAGCAGCGAUUGGAGGCAUAUUAUGACGAUGACCGGCUAGCUCAGCUUGUGUGUCAAUAA